CUUGGAACAUCUCAGCGUACUUGUACGCGGGGCUGCCCGGGCAGCAUACGUCGUCUUCGACGAUGAUGCGCGGCCUCGUCGCAGCACUCGUCGCAGCCGUCGUGCGUGGCACGGAUGUGGCCGUGCAGGCCGACACCCUGGAGCUGCUGGAACCGAAGCUCGGAGGCGUCGCACUACAGCUCAAGGAGCUCGAGGCCAUGAAGGCGCGGGGCACGCUCAACGACAUGACCUUCGCGCACGCCGUGCACGAGACGACCGUGCUCGGACCGCUCACCGCCUCCUUGGCGGCGAUGGGCGUGCUCCACGACAAGGGCCAGCUGUCCGACGAGGAGCUGGCCUUUGCUAAGUCAGUGGCCUUCGCGCGCUACGACCGCGACGAGCAAGGCCAGGUUUUACUACCUGGCGACAGCAAUCCAUCAACGAAACCGGCGAACGUCAAGCUCGCGACGGCCGACGACAAGCGUAGGGAAGCAGAAGCGGCGGCCGAGAAACGCCGCGAAGCGACGAAGCUCGCCAUGGCGGCGGCCGAAGAAAAAGCUAAAGCCGAGGAGCAGCGGCGCGCGGCCGAGAAGGCGCGGAGGGAGGAAGAGCGCGCCGCGAAGAAGGCGGCCGAGGCCGCGGCGUUCGAGCGCAGGGCCGCGGAGGCGGCGGCGGCCGCCGCCGCCGCGGACGCCGCGGCCGACGCCGAGGCGGCCGCGGCUUUGAGAAAAGCGGAGCAGGGGCGCGUCGAGGAGGCGGAAAAAAUCGCCGCCGAAGCGCAAGCCUACGCCGACGAGGCGAAGCGCGCGGGCAACACCGAGGCCGCCGCCGAGGCCGAAACUAUCGCCCAAGAGGCGCGCGCGGCCGUCGCCGAGGCGCGCGAGGCGGCGGAGGCGCCCGAGGCGCCUGUCGUGCUCGACACGAAACCCGCGGAGCCGGAGCCGGAACCUGAGCCGGAGCCGGAACCUGAGCCGGCGGCGGCCGCGGACGACGACGAGGCCGCCGCGGCGGCGUUCAUGGCCCAGGCCGCGGCAGAAAAAGCUGCCUUCGACGAGGCGGCGAAGCAAGAAGCGGCGGAAAUCGCCGCACGAGAAGCGAAGGCCAAGGCCGCGCUCGAGCCGCUCGCGAAGGCGCGCGAGGCGGCUAGAGGCGCGACGUGUACCGGAUGGCACCAGACGGGGAGGUGCACGCCCGACGGCCCGCGGGAAGCGCACUCCGACCGGUCCUGCGACGACGACGUGCCCGCGGGCGCGUCCGGCUACUGUGAAUGUGGCGACGGCAAGGCCGCGAAGUCGGACUGCGACCACGCCUCCUUCAAGUGCCAGGCGAUGUGCGCCGCGCGCCAGGCCUACACGAAGGACGGCGACGUCUGCGAGGGCUGGCGGCAGACGGGCGGCUGCUCGCCGCACGGCCCGCGCGAGGCCGGGAGCGACCGGGGCUGCGCCGAGGAGGUCCCUGCCGGCGCGUCGGGCUACUGCGAGUGCCACGACGGCACGCGAGCGCGCGAGUCCGACUGCGACCACGGUAUCUUCACGUGCGGCGAGGCUUGUGCUGUGCACCUCGGCCUCGCGUACCCGGACGGCUAG